UAGGCCUUAGGAGGAAAAGGCCAAGGUUUUCUCGGGAAAAGUUCAGAGAUCCUGAAACUUUCUCGAUAAUAAGCCGAGGCUUGUUGUUUAAAAUCGUUUGUUGUUCGUGCAAAGUUCGAAUAUCUUUUGCUUCUGGAAUACCGUCAGAUUGAGUAUUCCAGACGCCAGACGGGGUGCGUACAGGCAGAAGAGGGAAAGAGAAUGAGUGAGUGAGGGGAGGGACGAGACAGGCUUUCAGUUAAAGCAUUAGCUUUAGCAGGAAAAGAAGGAAAGCAUCUCGUUUUACACCCGGCCAAUUUGCCUGCCUUUGAUCACCUUUGAUCAGGUGAGGUGAGCACCACCUUUUGGAAAAACUCUUUUUCUAUGGUUUCUUUGAGGAAACUCGAGCUGGAGGAUAAGAUGAUACCAGGGAAACAGAAGCGGGGUUGCUUGUUUUGCUAGAUUUUGCAUUGAAAUUUAUUAUUUCUCUAAACUGAGUACAAUUUUCAUUUACCCAUUUAUCGGCUUUGCUUGAUUGGGGCAACUUGUGUCGGUGGUGGCGGUGUUUUAGAGUUCCUUGUUCCAGAGACCAGACAUUGGUUUAGUCAUUGGCAGUCGUGGUUUGAUUGGUUUAUGGGGUGUCUAUUUGGUUUCCAAAUUGUUCUCUGCAGUUGGGGUUGAUGGUUUAAGGCCUUUUUCUAGUCUUCUGCCGAUUUGGUGUUUUAGUCAUUGGUUAUCAUUUUUGCUUUCAAAUUUUAGGACUCCUGUAAGAGAAGGUUGUAGUUUCAUUUGGAAUUUGUAUUGCCCAUUUUCAAAUCUCUAUGGUUUUUAUUUUUUGUUUCGUUGCGAUUUUUUAUUUGUAACUUUCCGCCUUGUGGACGGCUUGGUAUAUUCAUUCACCUGUCCUGGAAGUUCUAACCAUUUUAUUGGCCUUGACUUGUUCCUCUUCCCUAGUUGUUGACUUGUUUCUGUUUGGUUUCUUCGAAAAUUUGUUUCUUUUAGAACUUUCAACAAAUGUGAGAGUUUUGAACCUCUAAUCACCUUCUUUAUUAUUAUUAUUGUUUUUGCUUUCAAAAUUUUGUGGCACUAUUUUUUAAAGAAAUUACGUCUAGUGUGUUUAUCCUAAUCAUGGAAACUGUGAGGAGAUUAAUGCUUAAGGUGGAAGUAAAUCAGAGUUGCUUUAAAUUUGCCGCAAAUUGUACAGGAUCCUUGAAGGCAACUUGGAAACCAGUAAUGACUGCUGAAACCACCAAUUUGGAGUACUGGAUUCACUGGCAAGUUUUCCUUUGCGCAGCAUGGAUACUGCUCGCAAUGGUUCUUGCAUCAGUUUUGAUAUUGAAAUAUAAUGUCUGGAAUAAGGGAAGACAACAUGGAGAGGAUUCAGACCUACAAAUGGUCGUUUCCUUGUAUGCAGAUGAGUCUUGGAAGCCUUGUCUGAAAGAAAUCCAUCCUGCCAUCUUGCUGAUUUAUCGUGUUGUUGCGUUCUGUUUAAUGCUGUCUGUGCUCAUCGCCAACAUUACCUUGAGAGGAGCUCACAUGUUCUACUUCUACACUCAGUGGACAUUCACCUUACUAACGAUAUAUUUCGGGAUCGGUUCCUUAUUAUCCAUGUAUGGCUGCUAUACGGGCCUGAAAAAAUUAGGAUGUGAUAAUGCUGACCGUAUGAAAGUAGAUAAUGAAAGAGGCACUUAUGUUCCUCCUGUAAAUGGGGAAAGUGAAAAUGUGGCUACAAACAACCACUACAGAGGAAUAUAUGAUCAUGAAAAAGCUGGGAUUUGGGGCCAUAUCUUUCAGAUUUUAUUUCAGACAAGUGCCGGAGCUGUGGUGCUUACAGAUUGUGUUUACUGGUUCAUCAUUUUUCCAUUUCUCACUGCUAAGGAUUACAACUUAAAUUUUCUGAUGAUCACUAUGCACUCAAUCAAUGUGGUCCUCCUCUUAAUUGACACUCUGCUUAAUUGCAUGCGAUUUCCGUGGUAUCAUAUGGCCUACUUCAUCCUAUGGACUUCUAUGUAUGUCGUUUUCCAAUGGGUAGUCCAUGCUUGUAUUUCUACAUGGUGGCCAUACCCAUUUCUAGACCUCUCAUCUCGGUUUGCUCCUCUGUGGUACUUGUUUGUUGGCCUGAUGCAUAUCCCCUGUUACGCGGCAUUUGCUUUAAUAGUAAAGGCUAAACAUUUCUUCUUACCAAGAUGGUUUCCUCGAUCAUAUCAAUGCUACAGAUGAUAUAUUUCACCAUGUAGAAGCGACGCAUGUUGAGACAGUGGUCUACAACUCUACAUAUUGGAGAAAACAUGCAUAGGAAAAUUCUCAAACAGAUGUAAAAGAAAAAAGUAGAUGAGAUGAGCGCUCAUUUGCAGAUGUAAAUACUGUUUUUUUCAUCGCCAUAUUUAAUGAUAGUCCUUUUCCCCUA